CUUCAACUCAGUUGCCUUCCAGCUAGUGGAGCGGGAGGUUGUUGCUCUUCUGCGUUAUUUGAAUCCUUCUUUUAGGAACUUGACUGUUGAUUAGGCUUUUAUGCCUGGAUUAUACGUAUUAUGAGUUUAACGAGUAUUUUCUUCGCUUCUUAUUUGUAAAAAAAAGUAUUAAAGUGGUGCAUAACGUUUACGGUAGUGGUAUUGGAAAAUGUGUAGAUUGUUGCAGCAGCAGCCGUGAGGCCAGUAUUUUUAAGAUUGAAAGCUGCUUAUUAAGACCAUGAAGGCAAUGGAGCCUGGGGCACCCAUGAUAUCUGUGCCCGCAGGAGUACUAAAGGAAUUCAUGUCUCCCACAAAUUCUCGUACUCCAACCCCACCACCUGCUCCCACAGUUAGCGUCUCCAAUAUUAUCAAGAGUUUAACGCCAACAUCUACCUCAAAUAACAAUUCUCGAACGUCGUCUCCUUUUUUACCAACUUCAAUCGAUCUUUCGGCUGUUACAGUUAAUUCUGUUUCGUCUGUACCUACAUCAGAAGCCACAACACCCAUAUCACCAUCUCUAACUAAUGGUCAGUUGCCAAAUGACAGUGAUAAUUGUGAAAAUGAAGAAAGGUCUAAAUCACCCGAAAUUUGUGCUAGAGUGGAUGCCUCGGGAAACCACAGUUUAUCAGAACCAGUAGUUAAUGGUAUUUCUUCUGGUGUUAAACGAACAAGUGAGGAAGAAGGCGGUGCAAGAAAGCCUGAUCUGAAGAAGAUUAGAGUGUUCGCAAACUCUGUGGACAAUGGACUUAAGAGAGAUCUUAGUAUGACCGUUAAGGAUUUUAAUCAGCACCUGGAUCAAGUGUCAAAGAAAUUGGGGGAUGCUGACGGACAAGAAAAUAAGGAUGAUGUAACGUUAAAUGAAAUUAGAAACGGUAAUAAUAAUGUUGUGACAGGAAAUGGAAAUAGUGGUAUAUCUAGUGGGGAUGGGAACAGUGAUGCGGUCACUUCAGUUAAUCCAGUGGCCAAAUCCAUCGUAAAUUCGGGACAGACUAAAGAUGUUCAUGUUUUACCACCUGCCACUAAACUGCGGGAAGUGCUCAUAUCUAUUUCCAAAGAGAAAGAAUUGAGAAACGCUUAUAAUAAAGAGAGAAUGGUAGCAAUACCGGUAGUAGAUAAAGAAAACAAGCAAAUUAUAAGAAGACUACAGAGGCUGCCACGGAGGGAGUUGGAGAACAUGAUUUUGCGGCAGUUCAGCGAGAAGACACUGUAUCAGUGCGAGUUGGGAAGAAUGAAGCAACUGUGUGAAAAACUAGAAACUACACUUGAAAGUAAUCGCAAGAAGACUGCUCAGUUUCAUAAAGAGAUUGAAGACUUAAGAAAGGUAACCAAUCGACUGUCUACUGAACACGCUUCUCGGAAAGGGCAGUAUGUAGCACCGAUAAGAAUCAAGAGAUCAGUUGGAAUUCAAGCAGCGCCUCAUAUUAUAAACAAAGGCAUUAUGCAUGCCAACGGGAGUGGUGGUAUGAUCAAGACUAUUGCUCCACGACCGUCAUCGCUGGCUGGGGUAAGCAGUCCCUCUUAUCCAGUCAAACCCUUCUACCUUGUGGGAAGUCAAGGGGGCUCACCACCAAAUGUCACAUUUCAUACUAAGAUGAUUCCACCCACCAGUACCUCACAGAAUCUUGUUGCACAGAGUGUAGGAAUUUUUACUCCCCCUCAAUCUGGUGUUGGUCGGCAACAGACAAUAACCAACAUAGCCAGUGCUGCGAGUCUUGCUGCUGUGGCCACCUCCACGUCCGGAUUGAGUACUGUCCGACCGACUGCAGGUCAGAUGCUCAUGAUGACACCCACAGGUGCCAUGCAAGCAUUGCCCAGAGCUUCUAAUGCAGGUGUGGUCAGCUCUGCUACAAGUGUUCUUCCUGUUGCUCAAGGAAGAGUUGUCCGAGCUCCCAUAGGUGGAUUGACCUCGGUAGUCCCAUCAACAGGAACCUUAUUAAGCACUCAGAGACCAGUGUUGUUACAAAACGACAAGGCUAUCACAGGCACUACAUCAGUCCUGCAGACGCCACUGAGUAGCAGAGGCAGUGGAGUUAUUGACCUCACUGAUGAAGAUGAAGGCAACAGAAGACCCGCAGGCAUUGUUCCUAAGCCUGGUACACUUGUCAAAGUACCAACGUCAGGCACCGCUCAACUUCUUCCUUUACAACAGGCAGGAGGUGUUGGGCAAGUUGUCCUGCUUCCACAAAUGUCCGGUGGGCAACCCACUGCGGCUCUUAUUGUUAGUCAAGUGUCAACUGGAAUGACGACGCUGGACAGCAUGACAAACCCAACCGUAGCUCAGGCUCGUAUAGGUUCACUAGGAAGCCAUACAACUAAUAACUCUCGUGUUAUGGGGUCCGUUGUAAACACUGCACCUAGAACCACAACAUCUACCUUGCCCCAAGUUACUCAGAUGCGGCAUCCUGCCCCUCUGCCAAGAACACCAUUCCAGCAGGUGGGCGGCUUAUCUAAAAAACUCCCUCCUCAGCCCACCUUGAAACUCUCACACAAGGACAGCAGUAUUGUUCUUUCAUGGACCAUGUCAAAAACUGAAGACCAUGAGGCUAUUGCUAGUUACCAGCUAUAUGCUUAUCAGGAAGGUGCUGCACCCCCAAGUGCCAACUUGUGGAAGAAAGUGGGAAGUGUAAAAGCCUUGGAAUUACCUAUGGCUUGUACACUAACACAGUUUAUGCCUGGCCAUGUGUAUCACUUUGCAGUAAGAGCAGUGGAUAUCAAAAGUCGGUUGGGACCAUUUUCUGAACCUCGAAGUAUCAGUCUGGACAAGAAAUAAGUCAGUCCUCAUUAUGUCUUAAGCUUCGUCAACCUAGAUUCUUCAAAACUUAAAAAAAAAUUCUCUUGUAUUCGCUACCUUGAUUUUAAAGUAAUUUUCUCGCAUUUGUAUCACAUGUUGCAAACAAUUUGAUGUCAUUUGUAAAUUAAAAAGUAAAGUUAUUACUUGUUAAUAUAAUUUAUUUGAUUUUGAAACCAAAGGAACUAAAUGCCACAAAAAGUAACUUGUGUAUAUUAUAUAUGAUUCAGAGCUUGUUUGUUAAAGUACAGCCUGUCCUCACUUAACAACGGAGUUUCGUUCCUAGGACCAUGCCGUUAACCAAAUUCGUCGCUUAGUGAGGAGCAUACUAUAAUGGUAGUGAGUGUGUCAACCAUUUUUGAUAUUGUUUUAAUGUCACUUUUGCACCAUUUAUAACAUUUCUGGCAUACAGUGGACCCUCAUUUUUUGUGAUUAAUCCGAUCCAGAGAGUCUGCUGAAAGUCAAAAUUCAUGAAUGGCAAAACCAUUUUCCCGAUAAGAAAUAAUGGAAAUACAAUUAAUCCGUUCCAGAAACCCAAAAAUAAAAAAAAAAUAAAAAAAAAAUUCAAAUUAAAUAAAGAUUUACAUACAGAAAACAAUGAAAAGUCAAGUACAUAAAUAUGUAAAAUAAUAUUACACUCACCUUUACUAUAUCAAUUACUCAGAUAUGGUAAACA